UACCCUGCCUACCUACCUAGGUAGGUAUACAUACCUAGGUACACAUGUACUAUGUAGGUAGAGUAAAUAGCACCUACCUGUAGCUACCCCUCAAACUACCCCUCACUCUUUCACUCUUUCACCGCACCCCCUCAUCGUCGUCUUCAUCUUUUUUUAUCAUCAUCAUCACCGGUCUAAUUAAACUGCUUACAAUGGCACAAACCAACGAGGUUUUUAACGUCGGCGUUAUUGGCUACGGCCUCUCAGCCAAAGUGUUCCACAUCCCCUUUAUAACCACCACGCCCUCUUUCAGCCUCCACUCGAUUCUACAGCGCAACCCGCAGCCCUCGUCCUCCGCGCCCGACGACUAUCCCUCUCUGCGCCACUUCAAGACCCUCGAGCCAUUUCUCGCCGACGCCGAUCUCGACGUCGUCGUCCUCACCACGACCCCAGACACCCACUUCUCCCUAGCACAGCAAGCCCUCAACGCAGGCAAGCACGUCUUCGUCGAGAAGCCCUUCGUACCCACUUCAGAUGAGGCCACCGAGCUCAUUCGCCUAGCCUCCGAGAAGAAUCUGAAGAUAUGCGUGUACCAGAACCGCCGCUGGGACGCCGACUUCCAGACGGUGCAGAAACUCGUGUCUGAAAACACUCUGGGCACCAUCUACGAGUUCGAGACACACUUCGACCGGUACCGCGCCGACGCGCCAACGAACUGGAAAGGCGAGCUAAGCAUGAGUCGGGGCGGAUCCGCGCUCUACGAUCUCGGCACACACCUCGUGGACCAAGCCUACGUGCUCUUCGGGCGUCCGACAUCCGUCUUCGCCAAACUUCUCAACCAGCGCUCGGCGCGUGUCUUAAGCCCCUCCGACACCACCGUCGAGCCCGACGCAGUCAAUAUGCAACUCUUCUACGGCUCGGGUCUAAUCGUGCACGUACGGAUCGGUGUGCUAAGCGCCGAAGUCCGGCAGCCUCGGUUCUGGAUUCGCGGGUCAAAGGGAAGCUAUCAUAAAGACGGGCUCGAUCCUCAGGAGGGUCAAUUGCGCAAUGGGAUGAAGACGAGCGAUGCGCAGUUCGGGCGGGAAUCAGAGGAGUGGGCCGGACGCCUCGUCACUUUAGCCACAGAUGGACAGAUGUGCGAGGAGAGUUGUCCCAAUGUCGAGCCGCCGGUGACAUAUCGCAAGAUCUAUGAAGCUUUCGGGGAAGCGCUCAAGGGCAACGGGGAUGUCCCUGUGCCAGCCGAGGAGGCGCGCGACGUCUUGCGGAUCCUCGAGGCCGCGAGGGAAAGCUCUUUGACGAGUCGCGAGGUCGAGUUACACACAAACUAAAAGAGAGAAAAAAAAAAAGUAAAACACAAUCAUAAAUACCUUAGGUAGGUAGGUAGCCAGCAAAAGCAUUCUACAUUCUGCAUUCUGCCAUUCCCAGUUGAGAUUACCCCAGAUAUGUCCUUUGAGCCUCCUCUCUAUUUUAAAAGCCUUUUUUGAAAAAUGUAUAGUUCGUCAGGCGAUCGCGAGACUUGGUCACUUCGGAGUAUCGCAAAAGCUCAGAAUGGAAAACGAGGUAAGAUCCAUAGUUAUAAUGAGCAAUAAUAGGCUCGAUGAUAAAAGAGUCAUCCGAACUAGA